AUUCACCACACUCAUUAUUUUUCAGCAUUUCAACCCCAUAAGUAAACCAAACCAACCUAUCUUUCUCCUUGUCUCAUGCGUUUGUCCAAAUAACCAAACCUUCUUAGUUUUUUAUUUUCUCCUUAUUUUCUUAUGUCGUUACCGGGGUACACCGGCGGUGGCGGAGCCUCAGAUUUAUACGGCGGUGCAGCUGGUUUUUCCGGCAGAUCCAUCACACUUCAAUCCAACAUGAACAACAACAACAUCAACAACAUCAACAACAAUAAUAUUUCAAUUUCAACUCCAGCCACUGCACACAACCUUAACCCUUUCUACAGAACCCAACAACAACAGCUUCCAACAAUUUUUCUAGACCCUUCUUCUCAAAUCCCACAUCGCCAAACAUCAACCCUCAUUGGAAAACGAACCCUCGCUGAAUAUCAAACCCAAAACAUCAACAAUCUUAACCUUCACAAUUUCAAUUUCAACAAUCCUAACAACAACAACAACAACAACACAAACACUGUUCUUUCAAACCUUUUACUUCGUUCUGUGAAACCUAGAAAUUUCCAACAGGCUUCUCCUAUGUCCCCACUUUCUCCAAUGGAUUUCUCAAAUUCACCACCUGAAUUCAUCAACUCUAACGCUUUUUCUUCACCGCGUUUAGGUUUUCCUCUUCGUACCACAAACCCAUUACCCAUCAAUAAUUCCUUCACCCAAAACACGAAUUUUCCGUUUCAAAGUUCCAAUUUUUCGCAGAUUCAGAACAGGGUAACGACAAUUAGCCAUGACUCAGAUAAAAAGAUGAUGGAUCAUCGCUUAGUGGAGUUGGAAAAACAGCUUCUUGAAGACAAUGAUUAUGAAGAAGGAGAAGACGCAGUGUCUGUAAUUACCAACAACGAAUGGUCUGAAACAAUUCAGAAUUUGAUUAACCCGACCCAGAAACCCGUUUCAUCUUCACCAACUUCUUCAACCACUUCGUUGAACUCAUCUUCUUCCUCUGUUCUUUCUCCUUCUUCUAGUUGUUCGAAGCAAUCGUUAAUGGAAGCUGCUUCUGCGAUUUCCGAAGGGAAAAUGGAAACUGCAUCGGAGAUCCUCGCUCGUUUGGUUCAGAAUCCGAACCCGAUUUCAAAUUCGGAUCGUAGAUUAACAGAUUGCAUGGUUUCAGCGCUGAAAUCGAGAAUUAACCACGUUGAAAAUCCACCACAGGUGGUGGAACUGUUCAGCAAGGAACACGCUGAGUCAACUCAGCUUCUCUUCGAUCACUCCCUCUGCUUUAAGGUUUCUUUCAUGGCUGCCAACCUCGGAAUCCUCGAAGCCGCAUUUGAAGAAAAAAAAGAGAGCGUUAACAACGAUAUGAAGAAGAUUUGUGUGGUGGAUUUCGAUAUGGGUAAUGGAAAACAAUACGCGAGUCUUCUCCACGAACUUUACGUGCGUCUUAAUGGAACUCCGGCGACGUUGAAGAUCACGGCGGUGGCGGAAACCGGCGAUGACGAGAGGUUGAAGACGGUGGGAGAGUUUUUGGGUCGACAAGCGGAGAGACUGAGAAUCGGAUUUGAAUUCAAAGUGGUGAGUUUGAAACUUGCUGAGUUAACUCGUGACUCGUUGGGUUGUGACUCGGAUGCGUUUCUUGCUGUGAAUUUUGCGUUCAAGCUUUUCAGAAUGCCAGAUGAGAGCGUGUCAACGGAGAAUCCACGCGACGAACUUCUUAGGCGCGUGAAGGCACUUGCGCCAGGUGUUGUAACGGUUCUGGAGCAAGAAAUUAAUACCAAUACCGCGCCGUUUGUUGCACGUGUGGCUGAGUCGUGUUCUUAUUACGGCGCGCUGUUUGAUUCAAUUGAGUCCACGAUGGCGCGUGACAACACGGAGCGAGUCAAGAUUGAAGAGGGUUUGAGUCGGAAGCUGGGUAACGCGGUUGCUUGUGAAGGUAGAGAUCGCGUCGAACGGUGUGAGGUGUUUGGGAAGUGGCGUGCACGCAUGAGUAUGGCUGGGUUUAAAUUGAACCCAGUGAGUCAGAAAGUGGCUGAGUCGAUCAAAGCUCGGCUGGCUCCAGGAAGCCGAGUCACUGUGAAUGAAGAAAACGGUGGAGUUAGCUUUGGGUGGAUGGGAAGAACUCUCACCGUCGCAUCUGCUUGGCGUUAACUUCACUCACUUUUUUUUUUUAAUUUUUUUUUAUUUUAAAUUUUAAAACGUCUAUGAAUAUUGUAUGUCACAUUGUUACUGGUAUAUUUUAAUGUUAUCUAGAGAAAAUUGAAAGGAAAAAAAGAAUAGUAUUGGAAAAAUGUAUGGAACAAAAUUCCCCUUCUUCUCUUUAGUUUAGUUCCACCAAACAAGUUUAAUAAAAAGUGUUUGGAUUCCAAGAAAAUUUAUGUUGACAUGUUGUAGCAUUUAUGGAUAUGAUAAUUCAUUUAUGUGCUUUUAUCA